AUGAUGAAAUUUGGGUUGUUGGUCAUAGUUGGGGUCAUUAAUAUCUCAGUGACCUGCAUAUACAUUGCAGGGUACUCCAUCAACCCGAAAUAUUUCACUCAUCUGCACAAGAUCUGGGACCCUAUCGACAAAGUUGUUGAUUUACUAAUCGACAUUUCACUGAACACGGUAUUCCUACGGAUUAUUCAACAUGAGUUUGUUGCCGACGGUCUUCAAAAGUACCGACUAUUAUUUUACUGCGGGGUACUCUUCGUAUUGAUCUCGUUAUGUAUGGAUAUUCUCAUGAUUGUCAUGAUGACUGUACAGGAACCGUACCUCUACGCUAUGACUCACCCAAUGGCCUACACUAUGAAAUUGAUUAUCGAAAUGACGAUGGCGGAUUUGAUAUCGUCGAUUGCAAAAAGACCACACCAAAUGCAAGAGUUUUCGGAACAGAUCUGUGUGAGUUAG